AUGAGGUUGAACUUCAGCGAACCACCCACCCCGAGCCUGAGUCGCCAGAACACCACAAUUCAAGGUCAUCACCAACGACGCGGCACUCAUCCUCAUCGCCUAUCGUCACGUGCUAAGCCUAGGAGAUGGCCGUUGGUCUUCCGAUUCAUUAAAGGUGCAAUCCAUGGCGCAAUAUUAUUCCCUGUGUUCUUGCACGCGGUUUUUACAACACUGAUCGUGUAUCUGGAUACAUAUGUGUUUGACACUGUCGGCUUACCUAGCACUAUUAUCCCCUCGUUGUCAAUAGUCGUGGGACUGAUGCUCGUCUUCCGCAACCAAACAUCCUAUAACCGUUUCUGGGAUGGACGCAACGGAAUGAACACGCUCAAUACCUGCGUGCGGAAUCUCGUCCGCACAAUUGCGACAAAUAGUUACAACGCUAAGCGCGGACCACCCACAGCUGCAGAGCGUGAGGAUAUCGAGCGCACUAUUCGUAUUCUAAUGGCCAUCCCUUACGCCGUGAAGAACCAUCUACGCGCUGAGUGGGGCGCCGCUUGGGUAUUCGGCGGCUCCAUCGAUGAGGAUUUGAAUCUGCAUGGCAGUACACUUUACAACCCCGAGUACGCCAACUUGCUUCCGGCGGGCUUGGUGGGACAUGAAGACGAGGGACUGGGUCUUCCUUUCCAGUUGACAUUUUUCAUUGACGGCUUCAUCAAGCGUGGCGAGGGGCGAGGGUGGUUUCCUGCACCAGGGGCUAGUCAGAUGCAGGCCCAGUUGAACACAUUGACCGAUGCGUAUGGAAGAAUGGAAACCAUCAAAUUGACACCCAUUCCUGUCGCUCACUUAAUUCAUCAAAAACAAGUCCUCGCCCUAUUUGGCUGCGUUUUGCCCUUUGCCAUGGUCGACGAGAUGGGAUGGUGGGCAAUUCCUAUAGUCAGCUUGGUCAUCUUUACCCUCUAUGGUAUCGAGGGCAUAGGGUCUCAACUGGAAGAUCCAUUUGGUUACGACCGAAAUGAUAUCAAGAUGGAUGCCAUUGCUGGCGAUUCCAAGGUUGAGAUUGACGUUGUCUUAUCUGAAUGGCGCACACACUCAAAGGCCAUGGAUGCGCUGAGACACCAGCCAGCCGGUGCGUACCAUGGAGAUUUAUGCCUGACUCCUACGCGUGAUGCAAGCAGUGAUGACCAAAGGGAUGAUAAAUACGCACCGCCGGAUUUGUUUUUGAGACUUAGGCCGAACACAGGAAGAUAG